ACUCUGCUGCCUCGUACGUGAAAAUUGGGAUCUUCUCUUCGGAGAGAUGAGAGGGUGUGGGGUUGAAAAAAUUUCAACUAAACGCCGGGCAAAGUGGCAAGAGAUUGCCACUGUUGUAAGCCAUGAAUUUACAGCUCCACGUUCUUCGGAACAAUGCCGGAAGAAAUUUCAAAAUGUAAAAGGACGUUCCAUCAACAAAGUCAGUGGGCUGCGGCAUCCACCAACAGGAGGGGGCCCAUCAGCUGUAUUGUCCGUGGCAGAGUCGUGUGUGGCAGACCAUCUUGCCACACACGAAGUUGUCACGGGCAUUGGCGGAGGAUUUGAUUCAGAUGACCUUGAACAAAUUUUUCGGGCCUCGAAACCGGCCUCAAUGAUCUUGGCAGAUGAGCCAACGUCUGAGGCCACUAUCCCAGAAACAUCAGGAGGUCCAUUGAAGUCGUGCAGACAAAAGACCGGGAAAGCAAAAAGAAAAAUUGUCACCACGGAGCAGUCCACAAUAAAUGAAUUAACUGCAGAAAACCUAUCGCUUGACAAUGUCAGAAUUAGGGAGGAGACCAAAAAAAUCAAGCUCCAGAUGGACCUAUUAUUAGAACAAAAAAAUGCACUUAUUUCAUUGAAGGAAAUGGCUGAUGCUUCCAAAAGUUAUUAUUUACAAAGGUCUUCCAUUGAGUUUCAUUCAGGAAAUCCUUUUGUAGAUUCCUUUACUUUUAAUAAAUAAUUCUGCUCAACCAAUUCAUUGGAUAUUUGAAAGUAACAAGCACACUGUUAGAUUGUCUUUGAAACAUUUUAGGCUUGUCCCUGUAUUUUUCAUUGUAUAUUUGAAGGUGAUGUACUUGUUUAAGCUAACUUCUUCAAACUUACUUUUGAGAUCCUACAUCAAUCUUCAAAUAUUUAAAGCUUUGUACAUUCUUGAAUUGCAUGUAUGAUUGGCUUAGGUGACUUUAUUUUUGAUCAAGUCAAAAUGUACUUGUUGUAUUAAGUAAUGCCCUGAAAUUCAUGUGCUAUUAAAGUUUUUAAACCAUAUA